GAACCGAAAUCUGCCCCUGUCUUAUUCCUCCUCCUCCUCUUCCCGUCCAGCAAGCCACGGCUGUUGGUCUCCCCCAGCUCUUCGACCGCGGCCGGCCCCGUCUGCGCUGCUUGUCUGCCGACGGACUCGCCACCCCGUCUCAACCCCAGACGCGCAGACGCCCGCCUUUCACGGCCGCCCCCGCGCGUGAGCGAGCUCGGCCACCUCCUCCUUCCGCAACCCAACGGCUGCUAUGGUGCCGUGCUCGGCCCCGCCCCACCGCCAUCCCCGACAGACCACCCCGCACGUACCUCGGUGACCACAAAGAUGCAGCGGGGCAAGAUCAGGCCCCCAAAGCGGAGCCUCCGGCCCGAGGCCGACGAGUUCGAUCAGUGCUGGGCCGUGCUCAGGGAGGCGCUCACCGACAUCCACAACCGAAACGCCGGCCGACUGUCGUUCGAGCACCUGUACCGCGCCUCUUACAAAAUUGUGCUGAAAAAGCACGGCGAGAGGCUCUAUGACCUGGUCAAGGAGUUUGAGCGGGACUGGUUUGCCAAGCAGGUCAUCCCGCAGAUCCAGGCCCUGAUCGCGCCCAACCUCGUCAACAUCAUCGUGUUUGAGGUGCCGGGCACCAGCGCCCACGAGCGGCGCGAGAUGGGCGACACCUUCCUGCGCGGCCUCAAGGACGCCUGGGAGAGCCACAACAUGUCGAUGAACAUGGUGGCCGAUAUCCUGAUGUACCUGGACAAGGGCUGGCUGAAGGAGAGCAAGAACACGUCCAUCUUUGUCACCACCAUAGGCCUGUUCCGCGACCACCUGCUCGACCCGGGUACCAUCUCUGCGCCCGGCUACGACCGCACAUUUAGCAUCUGGGAGAUUCUGUGCGCAGUUAUUCUCGACCACGUGAACAUGGAGCGCGAGGGCGAUGUUGUAGACCGCAACCUGAUACACCGCUGCGUCACCAUGCUCGAGGACCUUUACGAGACGGACGACGAGCUCGACUCGCAGCGCCUGUACCUGACCUACUUUGAGCUGCCCUUCCUCGAGUCCAGCCGCAAGUUCUACCGCGCCGAGGCCCUGCGUCUGUUGCGCGGCGCCGAUGCGAGCGUCUGGCUGCGCCACACCCACCGCCGCCUGCGCGAGGAGGCCGACCGCUGCCGCACCACGCUGUCGCGUCUGACCACGGACAAGAUCUCAAAGGUUGUCGAGGCUGAGCUCAUCUCAACCCACCUGAGCGAGCUGCUGGCGCUCGAGAGCAACGGGCUGAAAUCGAUGCUGGACAACGACCGCAUCGAGGACCUGGCGAUACUGUACGAGCUCAUACUCAAGGUGGACCCCACGACGGAAGCACUCAAGAAUGGGCUGCAGAAUAGGAUCACAGCCCAAGGCGCCGAGAUCGAGAAGAGUCUGCGGGAUAUGGACAAUAAUCCGGCCGCGGCAGAUACGGCCGCUGCCGCUGAUGGCGAUACCAAGGUCGAGGGAGAAAGCAGCAAGAGUGGCGCCAAGGCGGCGGCACAGCAGCAGCCAUUAUCAACACAGGCGCAGCAAACGGCGGCAGCCAUCAAGUGGGUUGACGACGUGCUUGCGUUGCGUGACAAGUACGAUACACUAUGGGAGCGGUGCUUCGAGCAGGACCUGGCGAUCCAGUCGGCCAUCACCAAGGGAUUCUCCGACUUUAUUCACGCCUUCCCUCGCAGCUCCGAGUACGUGUCACUCUUCAUCGACGACAACCUCAAGCGCGGGAUCCGCGGCAAGACGGAUGGCGAGGUGGGCGUGAUCCUGGACAAGGCCAUCGUCCUGAUCAGAUACCUGAGGGACAAGGAUCUGUUUGAGCGCUACUACCAGAAGCACCUGGCGCGGCGCCUGCUGCACAGCAAGUCGGGCAGCGAGGAGGUGGAGAAGCAGAUGAUCUCGCUAAUGCAGCUGGACCUGGGCAAGCACUUCACGUCAAAGUUCGAGGGCAUGUUCAAGGACAUGGCCACAUCGGAGGAGCUGUCCAAAAAGUACCACGAGCACAUCAGCUCGCUCGGCGACGACGCGGGCUACCGGCAGGCCAAGCCCAUCGAGCUGUCGGUGAGCGUGCUGACCAGCAACAACUGGCCGCCCGAGGUCAUGGGCCGCACGCAGCAGCUGGCCGACAGCGCCACCAACCCGGCCGGCGGCGGGUCGACCGAGUGCAUCUACCCGCCCGAGGUGAAGCGGCUGCAGGAGAGCUUCUUCAAGUUCUACCUGCGCGACCGCAGCGGGCGCGUGCUGACGUGGGUCGGGUCGGCCGGCACGGCCGACAUCAAGUGUGUGUUCCCCCGCGUGCCGGGACGCGAGACGGGCCCGCUCAGCAAAGAGCGGCGCUACGAACUCGGCGCGUCCACGUACGGCAUGGUGGUUCUGCUGCUCUUCAACGACGUGGCCGACGGCGCGUCGCUCUCGCUCGAGGACGUCCAGGCCUCGACAAACAUCCCGCCCAAGGAGCUCUCGCGCGCGCUGGCGUCACUGUCCAUCAACCCGAAGGCCCGGGUGCUGCUCAAGGACCCACCGACCAAGACUAUCCGGCCCGGCGACCGCUUCUCGUUCAAUACGGGCUUCGUGAGCAAGGCCAUCAAGAUCAAGGCGCCCGUCAUCAGCUCGCACUCAAAGGUCGAGGGCGACGAGGAGCGCCAGAAGACCGAGGACAAGAACGACGAGACGAGGCGGCACAUGGUCGACGCGGCCAUUGUGCGUAUAAUGAAAUCCCGCAAAGAGUUGGCCCACAACUCGCUCCUCACAGAGGUCAUCAGCCAGCUGGCAUCACGGUUUCAGCCUCAGGUUCCCAUGAUCAAGGCCAGGAUAGAAGACCUUAUUGGGCGAGAAUAUCUAGAGCGGAUAGAGGACUCGGCGGCCACAAACCCAGCGUAUCGCUAUCUAGCAUAAAGAGGAUUGAGGUGGAAGGCAGGGCAUUCUUUUCCUGCACAAAACACAUGUGUAUGGGAUAGCGAUUGGACGACAAAAACCUCGACAGACCCAGGCGCAGGGUUUAUCCUGGUCACUCGAGUGUACGUACGUACGAACUACUAUACCAUUCUGACACAAAGCAUGACGACUAGGCAUGUGUGCUCCUUCAAGUCUGUCCAGACAAAGAUCGUGAUUAUGUCUAGUCAUGGAUUGUAGCGUGAGUGGGCUGACUCAGUCGUUGGUAUAACAUGAGAAACCUUCGACAAGCUCUUUGCAAAACGCCCGGUAUCAUGUCAUCGGCUUUGUUCUCAGGGGGUGAGGUUGUAUAAUUUUCAACAGUGCAUUACGUGCGUACGAAAAGGAGAGGUGCGAGAAAAUCGGAACAAAGGACGGACUAGACACUCGCAGACAAAGAAGCUAUUAGAAAAAUUGACCGAAGCCACCCCCAUUGACGUAUCUAUAUAAUAAAGACGCCUUCCCGCCCC